AUGAAAUUGAAAUAUUUUACACUUCGUGGUCCAGUGCCUGGCUUAUUAUUUGGUUCUAAACCAAUUUCUGACGUUUAUAUAUCUUACAAAGAACGUUUUGGUGAUAUUUAUUUAUUUUGGGUGGGUUUUACACGAUAUACUAUCGUACAUAAUAUUGAUGAUGUUCAAUAUAUUUUUAAUAAUCGAAAUAAAUAUGAUCAAGGAAGUAUAUUUUUAGAAAAGGUCAGUAUAUUGGUUCCUGACAGUAUUAUUUGUAACAUAGGCGCUAAAUUCAAACGACAUGGUGCAAUCACUAUGCCAUUAUUUCGUCGUAAUAAAAUUCUUUCGAAUAUAAAUAUAAUUAUUGAUGGAACGGACAAACUAUUAGAUCGGUGGCGCACUCAGUCAUCUGAACAUGUGCAUACUGAUAUUGUUGAACAAUGUCAAAAUCUUCUACUUGAAGUCUUUGGAAUGAUUGCUUUUGAUUACGAUUUGGAAACAAUUAAUGAGAAUCUUUCAGAAAAUAAGAAUGAACUGACUGAAGCUCUAAAAUAUAUUGUGGACGUAUUUCGAAUGAUUACCUACGCACCUAGUAUCAUUUCAACUACUUAUUUAAAAUACAAUCCUCGAUAUCAACGAGCACGCACCACCAUCGAACGGUAUUUGAAUAAUAUGGUAGAACAAGAAUUGACUGAAAGCUUAGAUUCGAGAACAGAACGGAAGAAAAUUUCAUUGAUCGCUUCAUUGGUUAGUUCAUUACAAACAGAUGAAAAAGCAGAAGCAGUAAAAAAAGAAGAAGACAAAAAAGGUAUUUCCCGAAAAGAACUUUUUGAUGAGAUGCUUAUGUUUUUAAUUGCUGGUUAUGAAACAACAUCGACUGCUCUUGCUUGGUGUAUUUAUCAACUAAGUAAACAUCCUCGUAUUCAAGAAAAGAUCAAGAAAGAAUUGAUAGAUGAUAAUACUGGACAAUAUUUAUCAUUUGAUCAUCUUGAUUCAUUUGUUUAUUUGGAUUGUUUUAUUAAUGAAGUUCUUCGUUAUUCUCCAACAACCGAUGGAACAAGUCGUACAGUAGUUGUCGAUGAUUGCCUUCCGUCAAGUGGUACUCGACUUUACAAAGGCGAUCAAGUACUUAUUCCAUCAUCUGCUCUUGCUCGAGACGAUCGCCAUUGGAAAAUUGAUCCUAAUUUGUUUUAUCC